GAAUGAUUUUGUUUGUCAUUCGAAGGAUACAUGCAUUCCGCCAAAGAACACGCUGACAGGACACAUCGGAUCCCUUUGAAUGGCUUUAAUCUGUCUACGAAUAACUACAAGAAGUUAGUCGAAGACAUGAAACAAAUCCUCGAAGAGUCGAGAUUUACGAACCAAAUGACGGGAAAACCGACGCCAAUGUUGGUCUUCUGUCGCGAGGACGCCAUCGAACAGAACAGAGGAGUCUUUCAGUGGUUGCAACAGAAGUACAAUGAGAUCAUGAAAACCAGCUUUGAAUGGGAUCUCGAAGUUCUCGAUUUAGUGCUACUCUUGUACUACAUCUCCAAAUCUGGCGGACACACCAUAUCUAUGGCGGCCGGAGAGGUAAACGGCGAGUUUCAGCUUCAGUUGCGGCUCUGUAUAUGCCCACAUGAAGUGCUACACUUCGUUAACGCAGCGAAUAGAUAUCAUCAAAAUGUGGGAACAGAUAACAGUCAGUGGAAUCCUAAUCAAGACAUGGCUGAUGAGGAGGAGGCGAACUCACCCAUACCUCAGACAGGCAUUGGUCGCGGACGGCCUAACGCCUCGAAACCUCAGAAUAACCCAUUUUAG